UGAAGCUAUUAAGAAAAGGAUUUCAAUCUGAUCCAAAUUUUAGGCCCAACAUCGCAAACGACUACCACUUCUCUCUCUACGAACUUCUCACUCCACCACCGGCGUUCCUCUCCAGAUUUCUCAAAAACCCACGAAGCGCCGCCGCCUGAGGACUAAAUCAUGGAUGUCGAUAUGCAGAAUAUCAAAAAAUGGGUGAUCUUUUACCCAAUUUAUAUAAAUUCGAAGAAAACCCUAGCCGAGGGACGGAGAAUCAAUGCAAGCAAAGCAUGUGAAAACCCUACGUGCACGGAGGUUUACGAUUGCAUUGCUCACCUGAAAAUCCCUUGUGUGAUUGAGAGUGAGAAGGCAUACCCUCGGGAUUUUAUGCAAAGAGGUAGAGUGAGAGUGAUGUUGAAAAAGGAAGAUGGGAGCUUCUACAAUCCAGCUAUUUCUUCAAGGAAGCAACUAAUGCUUCAUGUUGCAGAGCUGGUUCCUCGACACCCGGGUCGAACGAAGAAACAGGAGGCUGCCACGUCAGCCGCUGCCGGUUCUUCUAAAUCUGGAAAGGGUGGAAAGAAGAAGCGGUAGAACGUAGUAUGGCUUGGCCGAUGCGAUGCUGCAAACUCCCCAUGCUGUUAUGAGAUAUUGUUGGAGAUGGUGUUGUACUUUUUAAUGGCGGAUUGUUCAAAUGGCAAUUUGUAGCUAACUAAAUUACAUGUUUAUUAGUACUUUGAAAGAAAGAAAGAAAAAAAAAGAACAAUAAACUAAUUGUACUUUUUACAUUGCCAAUAUCUUGACUUUUGAUAUUUUUCCAAAUAUAUUGUGAACACCAACAAAA